AUGUUCCGCGCCAAAGGCACCACCUUCACCUCCGCAACCCGACUCUACCUGACCAUCCCCAACGAUGAACUCCCGGUUGAAGACGCCGCCUGGUACCUCUUCAUCCCCAUGCAAGGACGACUCAGCGACCCAGAGCUCAUGACCGAACUCGUGAACUACGCGGCAUGCAUUGAGGUCCCAGAAGAGGAGCUCAAGUGCCGCAGGAACGCGUCCCGCUAUGGCGGCUUAUGGCUCGAGAUUGUGACGCCGCUGAGCUGCAACCGCAGUGAUGUGAUACUGCGUCUGUUUACGGGACUGAAGGCCCUUCAGGACUUUGUGGGGAAUGGCCAGUUUCCCGGUAGGCCGCCCCUGAUGCAGAACCCGAUGUAUGCGGUGGAGGAUUUUUCGGAUGAUUUUCCGAAUAUGGUUAUCCAGAAAGCAAACAGACCCAAUAUGUCCCGCCCCCCGAUGCACGCCACCACCUUCAACACCGAAACCCGGCUCUAUCUCACCCUUCCUAACAUCGAAUCCCCCGAGAGCUGCGCCUACUACAUCUUCGUCCCUAUCUUUGGGCGAUUCACAGACGCAGAGAUUCUCUCCGAGCUCAUCCGCUUCGCGACGAACAUCCAGACGCCGCUAGACACGCUCCAGUUGCCUGGCAAUGCCUUCCGCCGUGGUGGUCUGUGGCUUGAGCUCCUGACGCCGCUGGGCUGUAACUGUAGCGACGUGGUGCUGCGUCUGUUUGCGGGGUUGAAGGCGCUCCAGGAGAUGCUGGUGCAGGAGGGAGGUAAGCUGGCGCUCGCAGAGAGCCCGGUCUAUGGGGUGGGGGACUUUUCGGAGCGGUUUCCGAAUAUGGUGUUGCAGGAGGGGUGUGAUCGGUAG